CAAAAAUGGUUUAUUAUAACAAAUGAAAAAAAAUUGAAAAAAAAUAUUGCAAACAUUUCAGAUAAAAUAAGAAAGAGGCAACAAAAACGAAGAACCACCACCACUUCCAAAAAUGGCUUCAUUAUCAUGUUGCUGCUCUUUCACUCCAUCAUCAUCAUCAUCAUCAUCCCCUUCCAUUACCCAAUUCAUCUCCGACCAACCAUACCUCUCUUUGCUAGAAAAACGUUGCACCACCAUGUCCGACCUCCAAAACAUUCAUGCACCACUCAUCAAAACCGGACUAAUCAAAGACAAAAUCGCCGCCAGUCGCGUCUUGGCUUUCUGCGCUUCCCCCGCCGGAAACAUGAGCUACGCUUUCAUGGUUUUCAAGCAAAUACGACACCCAAAUCAUUUCAUUUGGAACACAAUCAUCAGGGGCUUCGCUCACAGCUCAACUCCUCAAAUGGCAGUCUCUCUCUUCCUUGAAAUGUUACUCACUUCAUCCUUUGAUCCUCAAAUAUUGACUUACCCUUCUGUUUUUAAGGCCUAUGCUCGACUUGGGCAGGCUUAUUUUGGGGCCCAGCUUCAUGGGAGAAUAGCAAAAUUGGGUCUUGGAAGUGAUAGGUAUAUACGUAACACCAUCAUACAUAUGUAUGCCGUUUGUGGGUUUUUGAGUGAAGCAUGGAAACUGUUUGAUGAAAGUUCUGAGUUAGAUGUUGUUUCUUGGAAUUCUAUGAUUAUGGGUCUUUCUAAAUGUGGAGAAGUUGAUGAGGCUGUAAGAUUGUUCAAUAAGAUGCCAUUAAGAAAUCCCAUUUCUUGGAAUACUAUGAUUAGUGGGUAUGUUAGGAAUGGGAGAUUAUUUGAGGCUUUAGAGCUUUUUGGCAAAAUGCAGCAGGAGAGAAUAAAGCCUAGUGAGUAUACUAUGGUAAGCUUGUUAAAUGCUUCUGGUAGGUUAGGAGCAAUCAGGCAAGGGAAGUGGAUUCAUGAUUAUAUUAUAAAAAACGAAAUUGAAUUGAAUGUCAUAGUUGUUACAGCAAUUAUAGACAUGUAUUGUAAAUGUGGUUGUAUUAGUGAAGCUCUUCAUGUGUUUGAGAUAGCUCCUAAACUGGGAUUAUCUUCUUGGAACUCUAUGAUUAUGGGUCUAGCCUUGAAUGGUUGGGAGGAAGAAGCAAUUGAAUUGUUCUCAAAAUUUGAGUCCUCUAAUCUUGAACCAGAUGAUGUGGGUUUUCUUGCUGUCCUAAUGGCUUGUACUCACUCUGGCAUGGUUGAUAAAGCUACUGAUUUAUUCUCAUUAAUGAUAGAUAAAUACAAGAUUGAACCAUCAAUAAGGCACUAUAGUUGUAUGGUUGAUGUGUUAGGCCAAGCUGGAUUUGUUGAAGAAGCAGAAAAGGUAAUCUUAAGCCUGCCAAUAAAAGCAGAUGCCAUUAUUUGGGGGUCACUGCUUUCAGCUUGUAGAAAGCAUGGAAACAUUGAGAUGGCACAACGAGCGGCCGAGCAAGUGAUUGAGUUGGAUCCCGGUGAGAGUUCGGCUUAUGUACUAAUGUCAAACCUUUAUGCUGGUUCAAGCCAGUUUGAGGAAGCAAUUGAGCAAAGGCUUAACAUGAAGGAGAAAAUGGUAGAGAAAGAACCAGGGUGUAGUCUUAUUGAAGUGGAUGGACAAGUUCAUGAGUUUGUAGCUUUUGGAAGGACACAUCCUAGAGCAAAAGAGAUCUACUCACUAUUGAAUUAGUAAGGACUGUUAAACUCCUUGUUUAUAAAUUGUAAAUUCAGAUUCACAAUAUACUUUGUUAAUAUAAAGAAAUUUUACAUAGUUUCGUCCUAAAUUUUAAUAUCUAUUUUAAAGGUGUUCAAAGUAUUAAAGAAGAAUAUUAAAUCUUUAGAUUCACACUUGUUUAAUACAAUGAAAGUGGUAGUAUAAGAGGUAUUAUCUAAUAAGUGAAGCUAGAAAAUCUACUCAGAAAGCUUUAUAUAUUGCUGAACAGAUAACAGAGAACAACACAGAAUAAAAACACCAUCAGUAAAGAGACAUGGGAAAUUCUCCAAAUCAAACUUGAGUCUUUGACAUGGUUCGGCAUGAAGCCCAGGAGAAGACCUCAGGAGACAUAUUACCACUGGUGAGCAAGUUCUGAGGCAUCCCAUAUAAAUCUGAGACAUCUAAGGGAUGAUGACGACCAUUUUGAUAGUGCUGAUUCUGCAGGGCUGCAGCUACUUCAUCCUCAUCCAACGGUAAGCGAUCAAAUGUGGCGUUCAUGAACGAUGCAGCCAUGAUCACAACAGGGCCCGAGGCAAUGAGCGAGCCAACAACGCAUCCACCCACAACCUGGCCUUGAGCCCCGGCCAAGUAGAUGGUCAGUCCUGUAAUCCCAGGCGGGGCUGGAGGAGGCAGGAUCGAACCCAGCAAGGAGAGAAUCUCAAACCUGCCAUGGAGAGUUACGAUGGCACCAGAUGAGGCUGGUUGCCUAAGUGUGACAUUGGUUACACAUCCACUGCCACUGAGUAUGCAAAUGCCUCGUUGCUUCCUCCUGGCAAAGUUGGCUAAGCUCUCACUCACAUCACAACCUGAGCUCACUUCCAUGGCAUGUGCCCGAAGUGCAUUUGCACAUUCACGGGUAACAAUGAUGGGUGGUUUGGGCUUAUUUUUGGAGCCUGCUGGUCUUCCUCGAGGCCGUCUAAUGGAUUCCCUGUCGGAAGCAGAAGAAACCGGUGUGACUGCCUUUGGUAUUUUCUGUGCCAUCAGUAAGGCCUCAAUACCAGAUUUGUGGUGGUUAGUUUUGUCAGGUUCUUGGCUCCUGUCAAUGGCAGUUUUAGACACAACAGAAGGGACAGCUUGAUCAACACCACCUGCCAUUUAUCCAACUCGAAAGGAACACAACUUUGUUUUUUUUUUUUCCUUUUUCUUUUCUUUUUUCCUUAUUUAAGGAAAUUUUAGCAGAAAGAUACAGU